AUGCUUAGAAUAUUGUUUUCGGUCCUCGGAAUCUUUUCCUAUUCCGCGCUUGCCGUUCACGGACGUGGAUGCGAAGAUGGCGCCUACGAUUGGUCAGACAAAAACGAGUGUAUUCAAGCGUUUGGUGCUGUAGUGGACCAAAACGCAGCGCGUCAAUCCUGUAUCCACCUCGACUAUUUUCAGUUCCAGGGCCAGCUCGUCCAGCCACAUUCGCUUUUCGAAAAUACCCAAGUGGCGACACUCGUAAAAGGUCUCGGCCAAAAUUCGUUUAUCGGCGUGGAAAAGUCGAAUAACGUCAGUUGGACGUAUGUUGAUGGGACCGAAUUAGUGUACCGGAAUUGGGCGGCCGGUGAGCCCAACCCAAACCACGCCUGCGCCGCCAUGCAAAUCGACGGGCAGUGGCGAUCGGUGGACUGUGAUACGGCGAUGUCUUUCGUGUGUUCGUAUCCAGAUAAUAAA